GUGUAGCGCCAUCUUUAUUUUUACUACACGGUCUCUGGCUUCUCAUCUGUCUGUGCUGGUCAUUUAUCGUGUUAGCUGUGGUUUUUAUCAUUGAAUAUAUGGCGAAUUCAGCAGCUGCUGCGGCAGCUGCCAGAGACCCGGCCGUGGACCGCUCGUUACGCUCAGUUUUCGUGGGAAACAUCCCAUAUGAGGCCACGGAGGAGCAGUUGAAAGACAUCUUCUCAGAGGUUGGACUUGUCGUCAGUUUUAGGUUGGUGUAUGACAGAGAAACAGGUAAGCCAAAGGGAUAUGGCUUUUGUGAGUACCAGGAUCAGGAGACGGCGCUCAGUGCCAUGCGCAACCUGAAUGGCAGAGAGUUUAGUGGCAGGGCCCUCCGCGUUGAUAACGCUGCUAGUGAGAAAAAUAAAGAGGAGCUCAAAAGUUUGGGGACUGGAGCUCCAAUUAUUGAGUCCCCUUAUGGAGGCAGCUGCACACCAGAAGAAGCCCCAGAGUCCAUUAGCAGGGCAGUAGCCAGUCUGCCUCCCGAGCAGAUGUUUGAGCUAAUGAAACAGAUGAAGAAAAUGCUCCACCGUCCGGCUGUGGUUCAGCUCAUAAACCCAAGUCCUCAGCCUGGAGCGGUACCAGUACCUAACCAGCCCCUCCCUCAGCCCAAUGUGCCUGUCUCUCAGCCUCAGCCAAUGAAAAUGCUCCACCGUCCGGCUGUGGUUCAGCUCAUAAACCCAAGUCCUCAGCCUGGAGCGGUACCAGUACCUAACCAGCCCCUCCCUCAGCCCAAUGUGCCUGUCUCUCAGCCUCAGCCAAUGCCAGGUAUGCAUGUGAACGGAGCCCCUCAGAUGAUGCAGCCUCCACAGAUGGGAAGUGGAGUACCCGGACCAAUGCCAGGACAGGGACCCAUGGGACCAGCUGGUGGGAUGCAACCUCAGAUAGGGAUCCCUCCAGGAGGCCCUGUGCCCAUGGAUAGAGGACCAGGAAACCUUCUGGACUCUCCUGUGGGAGCAGCUGGGCAGGCUGCUAUCGAGCGGCCUCAAGUGCCGAUGGUAGACCCACGUGCCCCAAUGCGAGGGGCCCCUCAAGGCCCUCCAGGGAUCCCACCCAGAGGCUUGCUUGGCGAUGGUCCGAAUGACCCGCGAGGUGGAUCAUUGGUCAAUGUUACUGGAGAAAUGGUGGAGCCAGGGCAUGGUUACAUCGGAGGCCCUCCACAACAUCAGGGGCCACCCAUGCAUAUGGCACCCCCAGACAUGCGUGGCCCUCAUGACAUGAGAGGAGGAUCCAUGAUGGGAGAACCUAGAGGUCCUAUGAUGGAGCAGCGUGGUCCACCCAUGGAGGCAAGAGGUCGUGAUCCAAGAGCUGUUGAUGCUCGGGGUCCGAUAUCUGGCCAGAGGGUGCCUGUGGCUGGUGGAAUGCAGGGUCCUCCCCCUCACGGCAUAGGACAAAGUGCACCUCCAGCAGCGAGACCAGGUCCUACAUCAGAUGCGUCAUCACAAGACCACGAGAAAGUGAGUGUAUUUUUUCCCUACACACUUUUGGAUGACAGGGUCGUGAUCCAAGAGCUGUUGAUGCUCGGGGUCCGAUAUCUGGCCAGAGGGUGCCUGUGGCUGGUGGAAUGCAGGGUCCUCCCCCUCACGGCAUAG